AUGGAGGACGGAGCGCCGCUCUGCUUUCCACUUCACAUCAACUCCUCCUGCAGGAGGCCCACCCCCGCCUGGCCUGAAGCGGUGCUGGUGCUCGUCGUGCCGUACUCGGUGUCCGUCCUCACCGUGGCUCUCAACCUGCUCGUCAUCAUCUCCAUCUCCCACUUCAGGCAGCUCCACACUCCCACCAACAUCCUCCUCCUCUCUCUGGCCGUCUCAGAUUUACUCGUGGGCCUCCUGCUGAUGCCGGGAGAAGUCCUCAGAAAGUCGUCCUGCUGGUUUCUCGGUGAUCUGGUGUGUUCUCUCUAUAAUUACGUGUCCUUCAUCGUCACCUCGGCCUCAGUCGGAGACAUGGUGCUGAUAUCUGUCGACCGCUACCUCGCCAUUUGUGAGCCUCUGCGUUACGGGAGCAGAGUCACUGAGGGGAGAGUCAAAGUGUGUGUGUGUGUGUGUUGGCUCUGCUCUGUUUUCUACAGCAGCCUCUUCCUGAAGGACGACCUGACGCAUCCAGACAGGUUCAACUCCUGUUACGGACAAUGUCUGAUCGUCAUUGAUUACGUUGCAGGAGCCGUGGACCUGGUCCUGACCUUCGUUGUCCCCAUCACUGUGAUCGUGGUUCUGUACACGAGGGUGUUUGUGGUGGCGGUGUCUCAGGCUCGUGCGAUGCGCUGCCACGUCACAGCCGUCACGCUGCAGCUCUCAGUGACCGUGAACACCAGGAGGUCGGAGCUGAAGGCAGCCAGGACUCUCGGUGUCCUCGUCCUCGUCUUUCUCGUUUGUUUCUGUCCAUAUUACGGAGUUUCUCUGGCAGGAGACGACCUGCUGAAUUCCUCCUCUGGGACCUUUGCGAUGUUCCUCUUCUACUCUAACUCCUGUUUCAACCCACUCAUCUACGCACUGUUCUACCCCUGGUUCAGGAGAGCAGUGAGACUCAUCGUCAGUCUUCAGAUCCUGCAGCCGGGUUCAUGUCAGGCGAACGUCCUGUAG